GUGCAUGGAAUCCGCUCCCGAGCCCAAAAGGCUAAAACCCUGAAAGUCGCAUAAACCCCAGAACAAAAACCAAACCCAACUCUAUACUGUACCACCCGCUCAGAGACUCUCUCUCUCUCUGUCUCUCCCAGAGUGUGAGAGACCUAACGAACCCGAAAAUGGCGACCACCCUUCUCCCGGAGACAGCUCGGAAGGUCCUAACCCAAGAAGCCAUCCGCUCCGCCGCCAAACAGUCCCAGCGCUGCCUCACCGUCCCCGUCAAACUCCGCCGCGCCAUUAAAAAGUACCUCCGAGACCAAGAGGAGCCUCACAUGAAGCGGAAGGUGCUGAGGCUAUCGGAAUCCUUCACCCAAAUCAAGGAUGUCAACUCUCAGCUUAUUGCUUCCACCUCGAAGCAGCUGGUUGAGGACCCUUUGCAGUGUGUGGACCAAUCCCAGAGGUGGAAGAUCAAGAGCUCCUAUGGAGAUAUUGGCCUUACUUAUAGAGACGACGAGACCAUUGCUUAUGUUGCUUCCAGAAUGCCAGCUGUCUUCUCUGCUUGUCACAGAGUACUCAAGGAGGUUCGUAGAAGGCUGCCGGGUUUUUCUCCUGCUAAAGUGUUGGAUUUUGGUGCUGGCACGGGUUCGGCUUUCUGGGCACUACGAGAAGUCUGGCCGAAUUCCUUGGAGAAAGUUAACUUAGUAGAGCCAUCACAAUCAAUGCAGCGUGCAGGCCAGAGCCUUAUACAAGGUCAAAAGAACUUGCCACUUAUUCACAGUUAUGGUACCCUCCAAUCCUUGACUAAAAACAUCAAGAAAUCAGAGAGAGAACAUGACCUUGUAAUUGCUUCCUAUGUGCUUGGAGAGAUACCAUCGCUGAAGGAUCGGAUUACUGUAGUACGCCAACUUUGGGAUCUUACGCGGGAUGUCCUGAUUUUGAUAGAACCGGGAACACCACAAGGAUCAAAUAUCAUAUCUCAGAUGCGAUCACAUAUAUUAUGGAUGGAGAAAAGGAAAUGCCGUAAAUCCAAGGCUGCAAUUGAUGAAACUUCCAAGGACUUGGUAGUGGCUCGAAAAAGUGGUGCCUAUAUAGUUGCUCCUUGCUCUCAUGAUGGGGCAUGUCCUUUGGAGAAAGCUGGUAAAUAUUGUCAUUUUGUUCAACGUUUGGAGAGAACUUCUACUCAGCGUGCAUACAAGCGCUCCAAGGGUGGUCAGCCGUUACGUGGAUUUGAAGAUGAGAAAUUUAGCUUCAUUGCUGUCAGGCGAGGACAAAGACCAAGGGAACCUUGGCCUCUUGAUGGUGUGAAAUUUGAGACUUUGAAGGAGCAACAUGCUAAAAGAACUCUGGAAGAUCUUGAAAUUGACUAUGAGGACCCAGAGGACCAAGUCAGCUCGCAACAAGCUAGCCUCAUUCCAUUUGAAAAACCAGAUCCGAUUACCUAUGAUUCUGAUGUCGUGGAAGUUGAUGAUCAUGAGGAUAAUGAAGAAGAAGAGGAGGAAGAUGACACAUGUCAUGCCGAUCUUGGGGGUGGUUGGGGUAGGAUUAUCUACAUGCCUGUUCGGAGGGGCAAGCAGGUAACUAUGGAUGUGUGUCGAUCAACCAACCAGGAUGCUUCAGAAGGAACACUUCAACGAAUUGUUGUCACAAAGAAUAAGAACCCUACAUUACAUAAGCAGGCCCGAAAGUCUCUCUGGGGAGACUUGUGGCCCUUUCAAAAAUAAUUGUGUAAAAUCUAUGGCUGUAGUCCAUAUAACCACUACGUAUAAGAUGCUCUUCGUUUAUAGCAGUUCUCAGUUUGUAUGCACUGUUCAGUCAUUAAUGGCUAUUCCUGUGAUCUAGGUGGAAAUUCACUUUUGUCCUUGCUCUGUCAA